GGGGACCCGGACAUCCGUGAGGAGCUGAAAGCGGCCAAGACAGAGAUGGGUCUCAGCUGAACAUUCUGCUCACUCAAAACAUUCUACAUAAUUCAUGACAGUUUUGCAGCACACCUCAUCAUCACAGUUUACUGCUUCCAGGAAUCGGUACAAUGAUCACGCAUAUCCUCGCAAUGACCCUCAGCCUACAGUGACGAUCUCGAAGGGCGUUGUCAUUGGGACCGCUACUGGCGUGCUUAACCAGCCCUUCGUGACAGGGCUCGCGAAUGCAUAUUUAGGAAUACCAUUUGCGCGAAGUCCGCCGACAAGAUUCAGCCCUCCAGUAGCCUCAGACCCCUGCUUGGUGGGCACUAUGAAAACAGAAAUUACGUACUGUCGGGUUGUAAAUCUGAGUGUGCAUGCAGCUCCUGGUACAGGUACUCAAGUUGGCGACGAAAGCGAAGACUGCUUGUACCUCAACAUUUUCUCUUCUCGGAACGCUUCACCAGAGAACUUGAAGGCUGUGCUGUUCUGGUUGUACGGAGGCAACCUCAUACUUGGCUCGAUUUCUGAUGCUCGCUACAAUGGCAGCUCCCUUGCUAUGAACGAGGAUGUGGUGGUGGUAGCAGCAAACUACCGAACCAAUCUGUUUGGCUUCUCCAAUAGCCCAGAAAUACCUGCUGGACUGAGGAAUUCGGGAUUCCUUGAUCAGCGUUUUGCUCUGCAAUGGGUGCAGGAGAACAUUGCUGCGUUCGGCGGAGAUCCUUCUCGUGUCACGAUCUUCGACGAAUCAGCAGGUGGUCACUCUGUCAAACAGUUGUUGGCGAACCCUCUCAUGCCGCUCCCAUACCACGGAGCUAUUCUGCAGUCACAAGCAUCGAAUAACAUCGGCGAUGGAGUGCUGAGUUGGAACGAAGUCGUCGCCGACUUUGGAUGCGAUUCGGCGUCUUCCAGCCUCGAUUGUCUGCGUGAAGUGCCCGCAACAGAUCUCCAAGCCUUCAUCACAGAGGAGAACUUACAAUUUCCGCCUGAUGAGGACAAUAUCACCCACACCAAUAACGCCUUACCCAACAUCAUCUCCGGCAAAUUUGCCCAAGUUCCCAUUCUCAUCGGCACGAAUCGCGACGAAGGCAGACUUUACACUGGCUCUAUCGGAGUCGACAACGUCGACGUUCUCAAUCGUUCUUCGGUCGUGGGCUGGAUCCAAGACUACGUGAUGGUAAAUAUUAGCACCAUCAUUGACGAACUCUACCUCACGUAUGCGGAAGCAAUCUUGUCAGAUGCUUUCCUGCUCAUCAGUCAGAUCCAGACGGAUCUCUUGUUCAAUUGCCCAACGAAAGCACUCUCGGAAGCUCUGGUAUCUGCUCGACAGGGAGCAGGUCAAGAGUCUCACGUUUGGAGAUAUCGUUACGAUGCUGAAUUUCCGAAUCUCGAGAUCUUUCCGAGAGCUGGCGCGUAUCAUUCGAGCGAGGUUCCUAUUGUCUUUGGCACCUAUCCCGGGGGAAAUGCGACGAAUGAGCAGAGGCAGCUGAGUGCCGAGCUGCAGGCGAUUUGGGCUGGGAUGGGGAGGAACCCGAGUGCUGGACCUGGAUGGACAGAGGUCUUCGAUGGUGAACAAGAGAAGGAUUUGGCGAUCAUUGGGGCGGAAGCAAAUGCUACAGGGUUGUGUCUGACAGAUAGGAGAGAAAAUGAUGCUGCAUGUGAAGUAUUUCGGCCGCUGUUGGAAGAAUUGAGGAAGUUGUACUGAGUGCAGAUGGCAGGAGCCACGCACCUGGUGCACCUCUUGGCCGACAAUGCGGAGCCAAGUCCUGCCAAAUGAAGUUUUCUCCGACUCUCCUCUCUCCGCGCUGCUGCGAGAAGAUUCUCUCGACUCGACAAACAUGACAAUCCAUCCACUGCCACGAUGACACUUCUUGACAC